AUGGCAUAUCUUUCAAAUAUCCGUGUCGGUGAGAAACAGCAUAUAUGUGAGCAUUGCUCAAAGUCAUUUUCUCGUGCUUCGGAGCUUAAGAGACACGUAAGGAUCCAUACUGGAGAAAAACCAUUUUCUUGCGAGCAUUGUCCUAAAGCAUUCUCCCAAUCAUCGAGUUUCAAGAAACAUUUGCGAGUCCAUACUGGUGAAAAGCCCUUUCCGUGUGAAUAUUGCUCAAAAGCCUUUGCUUCGCGUUCAGACUUAAGCAGACACACCAGACUCCAUACUGGGGAAAAGCCUUACUCAUGCGAGUCUUGCUCGAAGAAAUUUUCAGACGCUUCGAGUCUAAAGAAACAUUUGAAAUUUCACACUCCCGAUAAGCCGUUUUCAUGUGAACAUUGCUGGAAGUCAUUUUCUGAUGAACCUGCUUUGAUGACACAUCUGAAAGUCCAUACCAGUGAAAGGCCUUACUCGUGCGAUCAUUGCUCGAAGUCAUUCACUCGAUCUGAGCAUUUGGUGACACAUACCAGACUCCAUACUGGUGAAAAGCCUUACUCUUGCGACUAUUGCUCGAAGUCAUUCACUCGAUCUACAGAUUUAAUGGCACAUGUCAGAAUCCAUACUGGUGAAAAGCCUUACUCUUGCGACUAUUGUCCUAAGGCUUUCACUCGAUCUUCACAUUUAAGGGAACAUAUGAAGUUUCAUUCUGAAGAAAAACCUUUUUCGUGUGUCUAUUGUUCUAAGGAGUAUGCUCAAUCUUCGCACUUAAUGGCACAUUUGAGAUCCCAUACUGGUGACAAGCCCUUCCAGUGUGAACAUUGUUCAAAAGCGUUUUCUGUGCGUUCAUCCUUAAAGUCACAUUUGAAAGUCCAUACUGGCGAAAAGCCCUUUUCUUGUGAACAUUGCUCCAAGACGUUCAGUCAAUCUUCAAAUUUAAGGACACAUUUGAGAGUCCAUUCAGGUGAAAAACCAUAUUGUUGUGAGUAUUGUUUAAAAGCAUUUUCUCAGGCUGAAAAUUUGAAGAGACACUUAAGCGUUCACACGCAAGUGAAGCCCUAG